AUGCGAGUCCGCAAUACUUCGGACGGUGACCCGGCAUCCGCGCACGUGUACGGAGAGCUUACUGCAAACGGGGUGCGGCAGCUCUCUGGCUUCCUCGGCCUGAACGAGGCCACAGAGGCCUCCUUCGUCGAUUUGGGGGCUGGCGUCGGGAAGGCAGUGGUGCAGGUCUAUCUGGAACACCCAAGGGUUCGCCGCGUGCUCGGCGUGGAGCUCUCCCCGGGGCGGGCAAAGAAUGGAAGGGAAGUUCUGGAGGAGCUCCGGGCUGGUGCGCUGCCCUUGCUGCGCCGACGCGCACUGCUGGGUCAGGCCCUGGAGGAAGGGGUGAUUUCUGAUCCUUCGACCUCCACCGGCGAGGUGGAGUUUGUCGAAGGUGAUAUGUUUCAGGUGGACCUGCGCCACGCCACACAUGUCUACAUGGCCUCCACCUCAUGGUGCCCGUCGAUGUUGCGCAAGCUUGCUGACAAGUUGUUGAAGGAGGCGACGAACCUCCAGGCUGCGGCAUCGCUGAAGCGGCUACCUGAGGGCUUGCCUGGCUUCGAGGAGGUAGAUGCCCAGCUGCAGACGUCCUGGACGAAACGCGACCCUGCGGGCUCUCGAGUGUACAUAUACCGUCCUAUGCAGCAGUGCGCUGUGUCGAAGUGA